AUGACUGCACCGGAUACAGAAGGUGAUUUGUCCGACACUCUGGGCGAUCUGUCUCUGAUCCCUAAUCUCCAAGUCUCUCCUGAGGCGCCGACGCCUUGCGCGGCGAGUCGUCUUCCAAAUUGCCACGGUAAUCUCUUUGAGCCUCUAUGCGAAUGGCAGACCCGCCUCAUCGAGCUCUUCCCGAACAAAGAUGACGAGCCUCUGCGCUGUAACUUGCAUGUGGCCGACGUGAUUCAUUUGGAUGGUCUGGGACUGCCCAAAGAACGGAAACGCGUGCGUUAUGAAGCACUGUCCUAUUCCUGGGGCCACCCGGAUCGAACUGCACCCAUCUUCUCCAACGGAGUCUUGACUCAAAUCCCGCCCGCGAUGGCAGAAGCUCUGCGGGCCAUCAGAAAAUCACAUGCCGCUCACAGUGGACCGCGAUGGCUCUGGUGCGAUGCGCUAUGCAUCAAUCAGGACAACGCGGACGAAAAAUCUCUCCAGGUCCGAAUGAUGCCUCUUAUCUUCAACAAAGCGGUGAAUGUCAUUGCGUGGCUAGGUUCACCUGUACCCGGCAUAGACCUCGUGUUCAAUUCCCAUGAAAGCAUCGUUCCCAAGACGCACACUCGAAGCUUUCACCCGCAAACUUUGGCUGUGGUGGAGACCUUGAUGCAGCGGGAAUGGUUCAGAAGGACAUGGGUUCGACAAGAGGUAUUUGCAGCGAUCAGUCUUACCCUGCAGUGCGGGUCUUACUGGGUUGAUUUCGAGAUCUUUGUGGAAUCUGCCAAGUCUCUAACUCUUCUCCCACCUCAUGUUGAGAUUCUAUACGGAAGGUAUGGAAAGUCUCGACCUCGGGGAGAUCAGAGUGUUGGAAAUCUUACCAACCAGAUCAUUCAAGUCCUUGCCGCUGGCGUCUCUUUUGGCGCUUCGAAUCCACGUGAUAGAGUCUACGCGUUGGUAGGGAUGACUGAUUUUGACCGCUACCUGCCAGGGCAUUUCCCGUCUAAUUGUCGUCGCGCUUUCCCCAUCGAUUACAGCAAAAGUGUCUCAGAAGUGUAUCAGGAUGUGGUUAAGUAUCUCAUCAAUGAGACACAAACGCUUGACUGCCUCUCUUAUUUCGGAGGCCGUGGAAGAUCCCCUAACCUGCCAUCAUGGGCUCUAGACUGGGAAGAUCCACGGGAUUGUUCUAUGCCAUUUCUUCAUUUUGACUUCAAGCAUUCAGACGGUACUUAUCAAUCCCAACAUGACCCUUAUCGGAGGGCGCUACGGCAGAAUCACAACAACAUCAACGAGCUUCAUCUACAAGAUUACGUGAUUGGGACAGUAGGAGACCACCAUGUCACUGGUGAGCGUCAUUCCUUUGGCCAACAGCCACCGGGAAUGCUAAAGUGGAAUCGCAACGAGUUGGUACUCGGCUCAGACAAAGAGAAUCGCGACAAUCCGUUUCAGAAAUUAGAGAACUCUGCAUUGGGGGUGAAUAUGAGUGUCGAAGUAUCAGACCGCGGUCUGGCCAUACGCCAUUCCAUAAAAGACGGUAGUCCUCUUCCAUUCAUUCUCAGACGCGAGAAGUUGGAAGGUCGAUACACCCUCGUUGGCGCUGCUUGGUUUUGGAACGGAACUGUCCCAGACGGACCCGACGAUCGGACAUUGCACCGUUCCAGAUACCACACAUUCAGAUUCGAUCACUGGGUGCAGAACACAUCCGAAUUUCUGCAAGGUCAAGGAAGAUACCGCAAUCCUCUCUCGGACCAGUUUUGCCACGACCUUGAGGGAAUUGACCAGAAGCGGCGCCAGGACUUCUUGGACGAACCAGAAAUCGAGACAUUUGUUCUUCGAUGA